AUGCCCGCCGAAAGGAAGAUAUCCAUCAUCGGCAAGGUUCUUAGCGGCGUGAAGAUCAAGAUGGAAAGAGCCAUCAACGGCAAAUACCAGCGCCACUUUUGCGAAUCCAACAAGGUCGAGCCCUCGCACUGCCGCCGACUCGUCAUGAUCGAAUGCACCUUUGACUUCUGCGUCAAAGCGGACGAGUUUAACAACAUCAUCACGAACUGGUUCGACCCGCACCACGGCACGCUGCCCACGAAGCUCUACAGGAAGAUGGCCAGCAUUGGCGUCAGGAAGGAGCACGCUGACGGCGUGCGCACCUCCUUUCGGGUGUUUUUGCUGUUUGGCGAGGAUAUCCCGAUCGACAUGGUCAUGAAGCGGGGUGAUCCGGAUAUCUUGCCCGAUGUUUUGAAGAUGUUGUUUCCGCUGAAUAGGGCUUCUCGUGUGAAGCGGGAGAUUAUCACGUGUGAUUGUUCUCGGGAUGUUUUUGAUUCUCAUGUUACGCUGCAUGAGACUCGGUGUUUUAAGGGAGUCUGGUAUGACAAGGAUGGUGGAUCAGUGAAGGCACAAGUGGUUGGAACAACGGAGCCGGUGGAUUGGAAGACUUUCCGGGAGAACUUGGACUGGCGGCCGAAGUAUGGGCAUGGGACUUAUUAG